AUGCCUGCACAUGUAUCAGUAAUACUAUUAAUUCAAUUUAUUAUGUCUAACAACUUAAUUUAUUUAUUAUUUUUUCUUCAAAUAAUAUUUGUUUCAUCAAUUAUUACUAAUUCAUGUAUAAAUGAUAAUGAUUUAAAUAGUGCAAAUUGCUAUUGUAAUUUGAAUGAACAACGUAUUCAAUGUUCAUCAUUACCAUUACGAUGUUUAACAUGUUACAAAUAUGAUAUUAUCUAUUUUGAUGAACAUGUUACAGAAAUAUCGAUAGAAGCAUUUCAAUAUUUUGAUAUGUUUUCAAAUAAUAAUGAUAAUAUUAAUGAAUUUACAAUUCAAUUUUCAUCAAUAAAUUAUUUAUCAUCAAAUAGUUUUACAAAUUUAAAAAUUCCAUCUUAUUCAAAAUUAUAUAUAAAAAUAAAUCAAUUUAAUGUUAAUACAAUAUUUUCACAUACAUUUGAUGAUCUUAUAUUAAAUCCAUUUGGAAUAUUAGAUAUAGAAAUAUUUAAUACAAAUAAUAAAGAAAAACAAUUAAUAUUUGAUGGUUAUUCGUUAGAUGGUAUUAAAUAUUCAAAUAAUAGUCAAUUUCAUCUAGCAUUUUUAAAUAUUGAUAAUAAUAUCAGAUUUCAAUCAAAUACAGGUUCCAUUAUUUUACCAUAUGGUUCACAUAUGAAAAUUGAAUUUGUAAAUUUUCAAAAUGUUUAUUUUUCUGAUAAAAGUUUUGAUCAUAUUAUUCAAGAACGUCAUAGUGAAUUUAGUUUAAUAUUUAAUAAAUUUCAACAUGUUCAUAUAGGUUCAAAUACAUUUUAUGAUAUGAAACAAUUACAAUAUUCACAUUUUCAAUUAAAUUUUGCUAAUUAUUUAACAAUGACCAUUAAUGAAUCAAUAUUUGGAAGUCUUACACAAUUACAAUCAACGAUUCUUAUGAGUAUUUUUAAUAUUUCCACUGAUAUAUGUUUUCCAUCAACAACAUUUAGCCGUUUAUCACAAGAUAAUAAUUCAACAUUACAACUUCAAAUAAAUUAUGGACAAAAUAUAUUAUUUUCAAAAGAAUCUUUUAUCAAUAUAACUCAACGUCAUAAAUCAACAUUAUCUCUUCUAAUAUCAAAUUGUUCUGAUAUUUAUUUUUCAAAAUAUUCAAUUGUUAAUUUUCAUCAACAAGAUCAAUGUCUAAUUGAUAUUUGGAUAAAAUAUUCACAAAAUUUAAUAUUUGAUGAUUAUUCCAUUAAGAAUAUUGAUAUAUAUAAAUCGAGUGUAUUGAGAAUUGGUUUUCAAUAUUCCACGGGAGCAUUACAAAUAGCAUCGAAUGCAUUCACAAAUAUUAAUGAAGGUAAUGGUGGUGAACUACUAUUUCAAAUAAUGAAAUCAAAUGAUUUUUAUAUUCGUUUCAAUCAAUCAGCUUCAUCUUCUUUAGAACGUUUAGAAAUAAUUGAUCGUGAAUUGUCAGUAAAUGAUUUUUGUCGUAUUAUUGAUAUUCCAGAACAUUUUCCAGUAAAAUUAUUAGAAGAAAAUCAAUGUUCAUGUACCGUGUAUUAUUUAUAUCGCCGACAACGAAAAAUAUUGAAUAGAUCAAAAUUAGAAGGUUUAAUACCUCUUUGUUAUUUUGAUUAUAGUCAAGAACAAUUAGAUGAAUUUGAGGCACAGUGUAAUUUUCCACAACGUGUAUUACAAUGUCGUGAAAUGCAAGGUGAACUACAAAUAUAUAUAACAGAGGAUCAAACAUGUUCUGCUCAACAAUAUCAUUCAGAACAACAACAAAAAAUAUCAAAAAAUAGUAAAAAAUAUAAAAUUUCUUUCUAUACAAUUGUGGGAAUUGUUAUUGGAUGUUUUAGUUUUGGUCUACUAUUUUUAUAUGUUACUAUGAAUAAUAUAUAUUUUAAUCGAAUUAAAUUACAUUUUUAUCAUUUUCUUCGUUAUGGUUCAUUUCGAUCAAAGCAUUGUACUGCUCAAAUUCGCCGUUGUUCGAAUUCAUAUAUGCAAUUGAAUGAUAAUAUGAAUGAGUUAGAUGCAACUGAAAAUGAUCUGGUCUAUCGACCUCAACCAAAAGAACAAAGACCGAUGAAAGUUGUUGUCAAAUAUAAUUCGACAACAGAAACAACAUCACCCCAUAUUAGACAGUCCGAUUUUUUAUGUAAAAAAACGAAUGAUGAAAGUGAGGAACGAGAAGAAGUUAUCAAAUUAAAUACAAAUCCGUUAAGUGAACUAGAAUAUAAUUAA